AUGGAGGCCCAUGCGAUUACAAUACAUUGGCAUAAUGAUAAUCAACCCAUAUAUUCAAUUGAUUAUCAACCUAAUUCACAAGAUUUUAAAAGAUUAAUAACUGGAGGUGGUGAUAAUAACAUUAGAAUUUGGAAAUUUUUAGAAAAUGAUUCAAUUGAAUAUUUAUCAACGUUGCUGAAACAUACUCAAGCUGUAAAUGUAGUUAGAUUCAAUCCACAAGCUAAUAUAAUAGCAUCAGCAGGAGAUGAUGGAACAAUUUUACUUUGGAUUAAGUCAGAUACAAUUAUUAAAGAUUUAGAAUCUAGCGAUCAACAAUUUGAAGAUUUAGAAAGUUGGAAAGUUGUAACUAGUUUAAGAUCAUCAACUUCUGAGAUAAUGGAUAUUUGUUGGUCAAAUAAUGGUGAAUAUUUAAUUAGUGGAUCAAUGGAUAAUAUUUUACGGGUUUAUAAAAUUGAAGAAAAAAACGGAGUAUGGAGUGGUGAUUUAAUUAAUUCAUUUAAUAAUCAUUCUCAUUAUGUCCAAGGUGUUUAUUAUGAUCCAAUUGAUGAAUUUAUUGUAUCUCAAUCUGCAGACAGGAGUGUUAAUAUUUAUAAAGAUUUUCAAUUAUAUGCUAAAUUUCAAAAAUUUAAUAAUUUAAAUUUAUAUCAUUCUGAAACAUUACAAUCUUUUUUUAGAAGAUUAUGUUUCUCACCUGAUGGUUCUUUAUUAUUAACUCCAGCUGGUUUGGAAAAUACUGAUAAUGAAAAAGAAUCGAAUGUGGUUUAUAUUUAUAGUAGAGGUUCAUUAGGUAAAUCUCCAAUUAUGAAAUUGAGUGGAUUUAAUAAACCAACAAUAGUUAUAUCAUUUAAUGAAAGGAAAUUUAAAGGUGGUUCUGUUUUAGAUUUACCUUAUUAUUAUAUAUUUGCAAUUGCAACUCAAGAAUCAAUAUUAUUAUAUUCAACUAAAGAUUUUAAAAUUUUGGCAAGUGUUUCAAAUUUACAUUAUAGUUCAAUUACAGCAUUAAAAUGGAUAGAGUAUAAUAAGUUAUUAAUAUCGUCAACUGAUGGAUUUUGCUCAAUUGUAAAGAUUAAUGAUGAUUUAUUUGGUGAAAUAUACACAGAAUAA